AUUUCAACUCAUUUUUCCUUUUUAUUAACUGAUGACCGAGCAGAACCGGUGCCAUUAUGAAUAUCAACUUUCAAUUUAAGAAGGAUCAUUCAUUUGAGAAGCGGCGUGCAGAGGGUGACAAAAUACGCCGUAAGUAUCCGGAUCGUGUGCCACUCAUCGUGGAGAGGGCACCGAAUACCCGACAUGCUGUGCUCGACAAGAAGAAAUUUCUGGUUCCCAAUGAUCUGACAGUGGGUCAAUUCUAUUUUCUUAUACGCAAACGCAUUCAACUGCGACCGGACGAUGCUCUAUUUUUCUUCGUGAAUAACAUCAUUCCACCAACAUCGGCCACGAUGGGCUUGCUGUAUCAUGAGCAUCGCGAAAAGGACUACUUCCUCUAUAUGGCCUACUCCGACGAGAAUGUCUACGGACAGGAACAUCAGACUCAAACGUAGCUCGUCAAGACCGACACCAGUUUAUCCUUCAACAUGGUUACAUCCACAUAAAUUGCAGUCCAUCAAUAAAAUUCAGUUUCACAGUUGAAAUUCAA